ACCAUACUGGAUUGGACUGCACGGGCCCGUCAGUCUUUCGCCCUGCGCCGUCAAGCUCAAGUUCAAGCCGUGUAAACAAACGUAAACAAAGCAGCAGAAGACCACGUCCAGCCCACCCUCGGCCUGAAACAAGUGACUCCCCCGGCAUUACAACCUUCAGGAGACCAGAAUGGAACUUGAAUGUGCUGUUCAGAAGUAUGCAUGGGGUGUGCCAGGCAUGAAGAGCAGCGUGGCACAGCUGGCUAAGGCUGCCACACCUGAGUUUGAAGUGUCCGAGGAAGAGACAUUCGCUGAGCUGUGGAUGGGAACGCAUCCCAAUGGCCCUUCAGUCAUCAAAGGCACUGGUGAGGUACUGGGGCACUACAUCAGGAGACACCCAGGAGUGUUAGGCACCCCUGUCAUCCAGACCUUUGGGGAGCAGCUGCCCUUCCUCUUCAAGGUGCUCAGUGUCAACCAGGCACUCUCUAUCCAGGCCCAUCCCAAUAAGAGUCAUGCUGAGGAACUUCAUCAACAACGACCAGAAGUCUACAAGGACCCAAACCACAAACCAGAAAUGACCAUUGCCCUCACUCCCUUCCAGGCAUUGUGUGGCUUCAGACCAGCUCAUGAAAUUGUCAAGCAUCUCAGAGAGCUUCCAGAGCUACAGCAGGUAGUGGGAGAGGAUAAUGCCAACACCUUCAUUGAAGAGCCCACAGAGGGAAACUUGAAGGAAUGCUUUUCUGCAAUGAUGAAUGCCCCCAAGGAGAAGAUUGAGUCAGCCCUGAAUGACCUUAUUACAAGAUUCUCAGAAAUGGAUGCUGCAAAAGGUAGUGAGCUGCUGCAGGACCUCUUCAUGACCCUGCAUGACAAGUAUCCAGGUGAUGUUGGCUGCUUCUCCAUCUACCUCCUGAACUACCUUACUCUGCAGCCUGGACAAGCCAUGUUCCUGGGACCUAAUGUUAUUCAUGCCUACUUGUUUGGUGACUGUAUUGAGUGUAUGGCCUGCUCCGACAAUGUGGUGCGUGCCGGCCUGACCCCCAAGUACCAAGAUGUUGAAACCUUGGUGUCCAUGCUUGAAUACAACAUGGUGCCUGCUGAGUCUAGAAACUUUGAGGGCUUUAAAAUGGACAACUAUACCAUACUUUACAACCCACCUGUACUGGACUUUGCUGUGGAUAUGAUAGAGGUUCCGAGCGGGGUGGAGCAGUACACCCUGCGGCCCGUGGAGUCUGCCAGCAUUGUGUUGGUGGUGGAGGGCAACACCAGCAAAGUGGAGGUGAACCCCCCAGCCCCUGGUGAGGUACCUCAGGUGACUAGUCUUCAGCGUGGCUCUGUGAUAUUCCUUGCAGCUGACCAAAGUCUUACUCUCAAGCCUAAUUCAGGGUCGCGCCUCCUUGCCUUCCGUGCCCUGUGUGUGCUCUAAGGUGCUGUUGGUGUGGCGAGAUGCAUUGAGGCUGAUGCAUGCUUUACAGGGCACCUAUCUAGGCUCUGUGUGGUACCGAGGGAGGAAGGGUUAACAGGUGGGUAGUAUUUGGUGGUAGAUACAUCAUUGAGGCUUGCUGGUUGUUAUGUAGUUGUUGCAUCUUUUAUGACAUUACAAAUACAUAUGGUAUAAUAGUCUUGAGAUAGUUGUCAAGUGAUAUUAUCUGUGAUGCACAAAAAUUAUAUAUAUCUGUAACUGAAAUUUGAGGAAAUCUAAAUUAACACCAAAAUGAAGUAGAAUAGGUAUUUAAGAUGUAGUGAGAUGCAUGAAUAAUUUAUUUUAUAUUAUUUAAUGUUAUUAAAGUAGUUUUAAAGCUAGAAGAAGCCAGAUAAUAACAAUAUUCCAUAAUCUAUUUCCAUCUUGUGAGUGAAAGGUUGUAUAGACAAAGGCUGGCCAGCAUGACUGGCUGGCUGGUAGAUGGACACAGGAAAGCAUGUUCAUUUUAUUUUUCUCAUAUCACAAUACAGUCAAGUCACUUACCCAUAAAAUAUCCACAACCCUCAGUAAACAGUAACUGUAGUGUGUAAACAUUCUAAGGAGUGAGGGAACUCAAACAAUAGAAAUUUGGUCUUCUAGUGUCUCCUCACCAAGAGGUGGACCGUUGGUAGUGUAACGGGGCUAUUACACUGGGCAAAUUUACCGUGACUUUUCAGUCAAACCACAAUUUCCACCGGCGUGGUUCUCAUUUCUGUGGUUUUCUGACAUGUCCAUGAUCUUCCAAAGCUAAGGUAGAUUUCACCGAAGGACGACGGUAUUACUCACCAUCAUCAUCAGCAGCAAUAACAAGAAACAAGAAGAGGAAGAAGCUACACCCUACUGUCCCUACAUUCGCACAGCUAUGAGUGUUGUUGCCUGGACCAAGGCCUCCGAGGCCACUUUAAUUGAGAAAUUACGGGACAUGCCAGCUUUGUGGGAUCCCAGGCAUGAAUUGUAUGCAAAAAAACUGCAUAUAAGGAAGAGCAGACACUGGUUUCCUAAGCUGCAUCACUUCACUGCGCUCCUCUCUUUUUGUAAGCCAUUGCCGCCUCCACAUUCUUUUCUUUUUCCGUUGCUUGCUUAAAUUGAGUGUCAUUAGAGCCAAAGCAACGGCACUUUGAGUGAAAACUGGGGUGCGAACAGGGAUGUCAGCCAUAUUUGUUGUGAAAAUGUGUCAGUCAAGACCACGGUACACUGGGAGAGUGCGAGGCAAGUGUGAUAGGAAGACGACGGUGGUAUGUCCAUGUAGGCAAAAAUCCAUGAUUUAUAACUGAAGAUCCGCGGAAAAUUUGCCCAGUGUAAUAGCCCCUUAACAGGUAGAUCCAGCCCGGUAAUACCCGCAGCUAGUGUACCUGUAGUUUUAACUGUAAGAACACUAAACAACUUGACAGCAAUAAAUAUUGCUCUGGUGCUUGAUGACAAUUGAAAUAUUAUGACCAACAUAGUUUCAGAUUCCCUUUUGUUAGUGAUGUAAAAAAUAAUCAGUAAAGGAGAUAACUGACUUGACUGUAUUCAGUCAAAACUUUGGAUAUGCAAUGAAAUGUAUGAAAAAUUCAUUAAGCUUUAAAAUUAGGGUAAGGUUGUUGGUUGAGGAUGUUGUAUUAUAUUCUUUAAAUUCCUUGAUCAUACACAUUAAAGUUUAAGGUAACUUGAGUCUCCUUAUCAAAAAAAGAAGACAAAAGUUAACUAAGGGUGUUUAGAGAAGUGCCUACAACAUUAACUUAUCUAUUUUUAACAUGAAUAUAUAACCCAUUGGAACUUGAUAAUCAUAACAUUGUUUUUGGUUUAAAUUUUAAUUAAUGUGUACUAUAUAGCUUUAGGUAAAGUAUAGCAUGUAUGGCAACCCAAACUCACAGAAUAGUGUCGUAGUUUAAUAUUUUAAAAACGUAUUAAGUAUGUGAAACUCUGUGCUUUACUUUGUGGAUUUCCCUAAAGUUGUGACUAGAAUAGUGUUACAUGACUAGCUAUAAAGAAUCAAACCAAAAUUUGGGAAUCCCUGACUAACCCAGGUGUGUAGUACAAGAGGUAGUAGUGAACUUAAUCUGUCUUAACCUCAAUCUGCUUAGUACUUUGUGCAAUACUCUCUACUGAGGAAGCAGUUCAGACUAAUUAUAAAUUCUACCAUCAAGAACAAGUACAUAAAUUGUAUCCUAAAGUACCUAUUUACAUAUAAAAAUUCUGUUUUAAUAAAUAAACAAAGUACCUGG